GACGACGAGAUGGAGGUGCAGCUGCUUGGCGCAGGGCAAGAGGUCGGCCGGUCCUGCUGCGUUAUCAAGUACAAGGGUCGCAUCAUCGUGUGCGAUGCCGGCGUCCACCCGGCCUUCUCGGGCAUGGCCGCGUUGCCCUUCCUCGACGAGCUCGACUGGUCUACGGUCGACGCCAUCCUCAUCACGCACUUCCACCUCGACCACGCCGCCAGCUUGACCUAUGUUAUGGAAAAGACCAACUUCAAGGAGGGCAAGGGCGUCGUCUACAUGUCGCACCCGACCAAGGCCGUGUAUCGCUAUCUUAUGAGCGACUUUGUCCGCGUCUCGACGGCCGGCUCCGACGACAACCUGUUCACCGAGGCCGAGAUGAUCGCGUCCUUCAACGAGAUCCAGUCGUUCGACUUUGAGCAGGAGAUCCUUCUUCCGCCGUCCGACACGUCGUCUGCCUCGGUCCGCUUUACCUCGUUCGCGGCCGGCCACGUCCUCGGCGCGUGCAUGUUCCUGCUCGAGAUUGCGGGAGCACGCGUCCUGUACACGGGCGACUACUCAACCGAGGAGGACCGGCAUCUCGUGCCGGCAAAGGUGCCCAACUGGGAGCGCCCGCCCGAUGUCAUGAUCUGCGAGUCGACGUACGGUGUCCAGUCGCACGAGCCCCGACUCGAGAAGGAGGCCCAGUUCACGGGUCUCGUCCAGUCGAUCCUCAAGCGCGGCGGUCGUGUCCUCCUGCCCGUCUUUGCCCUCGGCCGAGCGCAAGAGCUCCUCCUCAUCCUCGACGAGUACUGGGCCGAGCACCCCGAGCUGCAGCACAUCCCGAUCUACUACAUCUCGAGCCUCGCCAUCAAGUGCAUGGACGUCUACCGGCAGUACAUCCACACCAUGUCGCCCAACGUGCGAGCCAAGUUUGCGCGUGGCAUCAACCCUUUCGAUUUCAAGCGCCAGGACUCGUUCAUCCGCCCUCUCGACCGCGGCAUCUCGAAGCUCAACGACCGCAACCCGUGCGUCGUCAUGGCGUCGCCCGGCUUCCUCACGAGCGGCGUCAGCCGUGAGCUCCUCGAGAAGUGGGCACCCGAUCCUCGAAACGGCCUCGUCAUCACCGGGUACAGCGUCGAGGGCGUCAUGGCGAGGACUAUCAUGAACGAGCCGACAGAGAUCCAUGCGCUCAACGGCGGCGCCAAGAUCCAGCGGCGGUUAUCGGUCGACUACAUCUCGUUCUCGGCGCACGUCGACUACACGCAGAACUCCAAGUUCAUCGACGAGGUCAUGCCGUCACACCUGAUUCUGGUGCACGGCGAGGUCAACAACAUGUCGCGCCUGCGCGCAGCACUGCGCACCCGCUUUGCCGAGCGCAAGAACGACGUCCAGAUCUACUCGCCUCGGAACGUCGAGACGGUCAAGCUCAAGUUCCGCGGCGAGCGCAUGGCCAAGGCCCUCGGCUCGCUCGCCAACACGGUCCCGACCCCGUCCACGACGGUCUCGGGCUUGCUCGUCUCGAAGGACUUUUCCUACACGCUCCUGUCGCCGGCCGACCUGCGCGAGUUCACUGGCCUGUCGUCGUCGGUCAUUCUGCAGCGGCAGCGCCUCGCCUUGAGCGUCUCGUGGGACCUCGUCCGGUGGCACCUCGAGGGAAUGUACGGCAAGAUCGCGCAGGGCAAGGACGCCGAGGGCCACUUGACGCUGCGCAUCAUGGAGACGGUCGACGUCAAGCUCGUCGACAAGCACGAGCUCGCCAUCGAGUGGGUCGGCGGCGUCACGAACGACAUGAUCGCCGACUCGGUCCUCGCGGUCGUGCUCGGCAUCGAGGGCUCGCCGGCGAGCGUCAAGAAGACGACCGAGGACCACCCGCACAACCAUCAUCACCCGCAU